AUGGCAACGCGAGCGGGUGCUGCUUUGGGGCUGGCCCUGAUCGGCCUCGUGCUGGCGAGCCUGAGCGGGUCGUGCCACGGCGGUGUGCUUCAGGUCGGGUUCUACAACGGCAAAUGCGGGAUCUUGGACGUCGUGGCCAUCGUGGCGGGUGUGGCGGCCCAGUUCAGGAAGGAUCCCACCAUCGCCCCGGCUCUCCUCCGCAUGCAGUUUCACGAUUGCUUCGUCACCGGAUGCAAUGCUUCCAUUCUUCUGGAUGGAACAUCGAGCGAGAAGACCGCGCCGCCGAAUUUGAGUGUCGGGGGCUACGAUGUCAUUGAUGCCGCGAAGGCCACCGUGGAGGCCGUAUGUCCCAAGGUCGUUUCCUGCGCCGAUAUCAUUGUAAUGGCCACGAGAGAUGUCGUGUCCCUGAGUGGUGGAGGUCGGUACAAGGUAGAAACGGGACGGAAAGACGGGCUCAUAUUGCUCGCUUCCAACGUCAAUCUCCCCGCUCUGUCCAUCUCCGUCUCCGACUCCAAUGCGGCGUUCGCUCAAAAGGGACUCACCGUCUCCGACAUUGUCCUUCUUCUAGGUGGCCACACGAUCGGCGUCGCUCACUGCUCGCUCUUCCAGGACCGGCUUUACAAUUUCCAGAACACCGGGAAACCCGACCCGACCAUGGACCCUUCUUUGGCUUCCGCCCUAAGGUCGAUGUGCCCUAACAGCCAGAGUAAUGUCGACAGCAUCGUCUAUCUCGACCAGAACCCUCUGAGCUCGUCGAUCGUCGACAACUCCUACUACAAGCAGAUACUUGCCCGCAGAGGGAUACUGCAGAUCGAUCAGGAGAUCGCGCUGGACGAGCAGACCAAGGGCAUCGUCGUGGGGACAAUCACCGGCAGGCCCGACUUCUCGGCUACGUUUGGCCAAGCCAUGGUGAAGUUGGGCAGGCUCCAGAAUGGCUCUCCGGGGGAGAUAAGGCAAUCCUGCGGAGCCAUCAACAAGGCUUGUCAGCCACCUACUACCAAAGAUAAGCAGUGGCCCUGCCAGACGCGGGGCAGCGGCGACCCGAAGGCCCUUUCAAUUCAUGGAAGAGGAUCUUCGCACCGACUUCAAGGACUUGCUAUGUGGUCUUGCUAUCUUUUUCUCUGA